AUGUCCAUUAUAUAUUGCUGGUUUUCCUCCAUUGUUGCACUCUUCCAUUACUGCAAGGAGAUUAUCAUAAGCUGUGCUCUCAUGAAGGAAACUUUGAAGUACUUAGCAGGAGUUGCAGGCCCCAGUGGUUAUGGAUCAAACUCAACUGCUGAGCAAGUCACACAAGAUUGUUCUUCUUUUCUUCCUCCUCAUCUCACUGCAAUUGUCACUGGAGCAACAUCAGGCAUUGGAGCAGAAACAGCAAGGGUACUAGCAAAGAGAGGGGUGAGAGUGGUACUUCCAGCAAGGGACUUGAAGAAGGCUGCUCAAGUGAAGGAGGAUAUCCAAAGGGAGGUCCCAAAGGCUGACAUCAUUUUGUUGGAGAUUGAUCUAAGCUCAUUACCUUCAAUCAACAGAUUUUGUACUGAGUUCUUGUCUCUUGGAUUACCCCUUAAUAUUCUCAUAAACAAUGCUGGGAAAUUCUCACAGAGGUUGGAGUAUUCUGAAGACAAAAUGGAGAUGACUUUUGCUACAAAUUACUUGGGUCAUUUUCUAUUGACAGAAAUGCUGUUAGAGAAAAUGAUAGACACAGCAGCGCAAACAGGCAUUGAAGGAAGAAUAGUGAAUGUCUCUUCUGUAAUUCACAGCUGGGUGAAAAGAGACUCUUUCUGCUUCAACCAAAUGGUCAACCCCAAAAGUUAUAAUGGCACACGUGCUUAUGCUCAAUCAAAAUUGGCCAACAUAUUGCAUGUCAAGGAAAUGGCAAGAGAGUUGAAGGCAAGAAAAGCAAAGGUAAGUAUCAAUGCCGCCCACCCAGGAAUUGUGAAGACUGGAAUCACCAGGGAUCACAAAGGUUUUAUAACAGAUUCUCUAUUUUUCAUCGCAUCAAAGUUGCUCAAAUCAACAUCACAGGGGGCUUCCACCACAUGCUACCUUGCUCUAAGCCCAAAAAUAGAAGGGGUGAGUGGAAAAUACUUUGCAGACUGUAAUGAGAGUCACUGCUCAGGCCUAGCAAAUGAUGAAGCUGAAGCCCAAAAGCUAUGGAAGCAGACUCGUGUAUUGAUUUGUAGGCGACUACGUGCAUCCGUAGCCUAAGAUUUGCAAUUUUCUUCUGUAAACUUAUACAGGUUUAGUCAUGUAUAUAUAUAUAUAUAUAUACA